AUGCCACCAACAAAGGAUCCUCAAGACAUUGUAGAGGCUAUCUCCAUGGGAUCCUCACCCAAUCCUAUUCCGCAACAGCCAACUACCUCGAUCUCUAAUGAAGUUCCACAACAUACCACGCCGUUCAAUCCCGAUGAAGAUUCAAGCCUUACCGAGCAACAGCCUCGAGCACCCAAAAGUCCUAUCAUGGACCUAGCUCAGCCAUCUCCCAAUCCAGAUGAGUCUGCCUCCGCGGAGAAUCUAUCAGACUCCGCAAGACCCUCUGCACCAGUUUUCGUGGAUCUCACUGCAGAGUCAGAUGACGACGAUGAUGCGCCGAUGACUACAGCGCCAUUCAGCAUGGCUGUCGAGGCUGUCAAAGUAGAGCUGAAUCCCGAGCCGUUGAAGGAUGUAGACAUGGACUUGGAUCCUACCAUGCCGGAUUCACUACAACUCGAUGAAGACGCUUUCAGUUCUAUGCCGGUUCGAGAAUCAAUCGAGGAGACAUCAGCUAAAGGGGCUCCAGGUGAAGCUUUGGCUGACGAACAGGAACUCGAUAUGGUCAAUAUGCUUCAAUCUUUUGAGAAGAAUACCGCCAUUAUCGCCGCGCACGCUGAUCAUCCCAGUAUCGACCUCGACGAUGAUGACAGCGACGAAGAGGAUGCCCACGCUACAGCAGCAUUCGCCGACAUCAAAGAGGCAUACGAUGCUAAGCGCGCCGCUGGUACAGCCACGUUAGAAGAUCGGAUUGAAUUUACGAAGCGCCAGGGAAAAGAGCUUGACCGUCGCCAGCUUCGUAAAGAGAAGCAAGACUAUCGAGAACAAGAAUUUCGCGAAGAGCACGCUAUGUUCAUUCCAGAGACAGCCGUGAGACAACAUACAGGAAGUCCUGACGACUCCGAUGCCUAUAUUGUCUCGUCACGCACCCUGGACCUGGAAGAGCAGCACAACACUGGUGGUUACCGUGAGAUCUCAGAAAUCGAAGCAAAAGGAGAGUCAGACAACGACACGCAGCAAGAAUACGAUGAAGACGAAGACGAAGAUCAAGGUACAGGCGUACGUCCAAAUUCCAAACGGGGGCGCGGCGGCAGUUCCCGCAGUCACCGAAAGCCGGCCACUACGAAGAAGCUGAAAGGCGCAAGCCAUAAACCAAAGAACAGCACCCGUGGCGGCUCCGGAAGGGGUCGAGGCCGCGGUCGCAAGUCGUAUGUCCCUCGGUCUCUGUUCAACAUGACAUCUCUGCUGCCAUACAAUAUCAUCACUCAAGCAAACGAAAAUGCGGAAGCGGAAGCCCAGCCCGGCUUCAAGAGCCACAGGCGGAAGGACGCUCUCGCCGAACUGAUCGCAUCCCUCCCAGUUGAGGAACAGCGCAAGUACAAGGAUGAUGAGGAUGAACUCAGAGAAUGCCUCAAGCAGUUUCGCACAUACCAGUCUAUUGUGCAGGAGAAAGGAAAAUUCAGACUCCGCGAGAUGAAGACAUCUCUGCACAACUUCCAGGUUGUAGGUGCUGCCAAUAUGCGGUUUAGAGAACGGCAAGGAGACCCCUUUGGUGGUCUGCUCGCUGAUGAAAUGGGUCUCGGCAAGACUAUCAUGUCUAUUGCGAACAUCAUCGACGGCCGCCCAGAUGAUGAGGAACAGCUGCGAGCUACCCUCAUCGUUGCACCAAAUGCCAUCCUGACUCAAUGGAUGCACCAAAUCACCCAGCACUCGGGAAACAAUUACCCCAAGAACUAUACAAUCUUCAAGUCUCGGAACCUUGCGGGCCUCGGCUAUGAUCCGGUAGCCAUGUUAGGCAGUUUUGACAUAGUCAUUACUUCUUAUAGCGAGCUGUUGAAAUCCAUGCCGAAGAAGUUAUAUCCAGCCUGGUUGACUACGCCCGCUGCGAAGGAGAAAUGGUGGGAAGACCACUUUCAGGCUACCAAAGGCAUUCUGCACCAGGUCAAGUGGCGCAGAAUCAUACUGGAUGAAGCCCAGCAGAUCAAGAAUCAUGAAUCCCGCACCAGUGAGUCUGCCUGGCGUCUAAGUGGAAAGUACCGUUGGGCCAUUACUGGGACACCGGUACUGAACUCGAUCGAGGAGUUUUAUGCAUUCUUCCGCUUUCUCAAGGUGAAGAACACGGGCGACUUUACUUUGUGGAAGGAUAACUAUUGCAAGAAAGGCUCCGCAGCCGCUCUCAAGCGAUUGAAUACACUACUGCAGAAGUUCAUGAUCCGUCGUACCCAUCAGGACAAAAUGUUUGGGAAACCCAUCGUGCAGCUACCCAGAGUCACACAAAGUGAUCUGUAUCUGGACUUCAACCCUAUCGAGAAAGCGGUCUAUGAGAUUGUUCGAGAGCGCUUCGUUGCAAAGAUCAAUGGGUUCGCAAAAAGUGGCACCAUCAACAAGAACUACACCUUUAUCUUUGUGUUGCUGCUCAGGUUGCGUCAGCUCACAGCCAACAUUCUCCUUAUCCAGAAGACCCUCAAAGAUCUGCUAGAGCGACCUGAUCUGAAGAAACUUUGGGCAUUAACGGAAUCAUCAGACCCGGAAUUGGCUGCGGCAGGUGGUGGCGGCCUUCUCUUGGGGCUCCAGGAGGGCCUUCGAAACCUUGGGCCUUCUGAUCGCGCCAACGAAGGUGGCACCACGCUCAGCUCUGUCCAAAGAAUGGAUGAAUCCGUUAGCACGAAUGACGUUAGCGGUGCGGCGACUCACAGGUUCCAGAAAUACCUACAGUCUAUGUUGGACCAGGGCAAGUCGGACAAUGCUAACAGGGAAGCGCUGUGUCAUUUUUGCAGUCAGCCGCCAGAGAAUCGAUGUAUCACCCCGUGUGGCCAUGUGUAUUGCUACGCCUGCCUGAUGGAGCUGUCACACACUGCGAGGGCUCAACAUGAGACCAUGGUGCGCUGCACAGAGUGUGGCACACGUUUCAACAAGAUCGAGGCCUUUCCUGACGAAUCAACCAGCGGCGAUCGAAGCGAAAGUGCUACGCCAGGUGUUGAUGUCCAGAAACGCCGACGUUCAACACCAAACAGUGCGUCGCUCGAAGAAGACAUUGACUGGCUGUCGAUGCCAGGACCAGUCCUGCAUUCUACAAAGGUCAUUGCCGCCAUCGACAAGAUGGAGAAGUGGUUCGAAGCCGACCCGGAGACCAAAGUUCUGGUAUUCUCUCAGUGGCGCGCUUUGAUCAAGAUCUUCAUGCUUGUCUGCCGGGAGAAGAAGUGGGGUCAAGCUGCAUUCCAUGGCGCUUUGAGCUUUGAAGCGCGCGAUGCCGCGAUCCAGAAGUUCUCUACGGACCCGAAGUGCAAAGUGCUGAUUGCAGCAAUGAAGGCUGGUGGGGUCGGGCUGAAUCUCACAGCGGCCAACAAGGUCAUUCUGAUCGACCUCUGGUGGAACAGUGCGAUGGAGACGCAGGCAUUCUGCCGUGCCUUCCGCAUCGGUCAGGAGCGUGAGGUGGAAAUCGUGCGUCUGAUCAUCAAGAACACGAUUGAUACCAAGAUGAUUGCGAUGCAGAGACGAAAGGAUGCCGAGAUUGCUGCGGUGAUGGACAGUAAGAACCGCGAAGCCGCUUUCACUUCCAAGGAGCUGCUAGCUUUGUUUGGGAUCGGAGACGGCGAUGAUGACGACGAUGAUGGGCAGGGCGGUGAUGCGAAUGGCUUCAUUUUUCCGGAGGAUGUCCCUGCUGGAGCUGAGGAGGAUGAGUGA